UGUGUUUGUGCUAUUCAUUAACCAGAAUAUACAGAAUCCUUAACUUUUUUGUUGUUUUACUAACGAUCGAUGUUAUUGUUGUAUUAGUGAGAGGACUGUUAUGUUGUGCUGACACACACACGCAUCGGCACAACUGCACCAUUGGAUCGGUUGCGUAAUCAUCGGCAACAGAGACUGUGAGAGAGAGAGAGAGAGAGACUUGUGUUACGACAUUAGGCAACAAGUAUUUUCAAUGUCAGACAACUGCAGACAUUAUAUUUGAGUUAAAAAAUAAAAAUAAAACAACUAUGGAUAAUACUAAUUUAGUUUUGAACAAUAACUGUGUAUCCGAUGGCAAGCAAUACGUGAAUCAAAAUUGGUUUCAACAACACUUACCCUUCAAUAAUAAGAAACUAUUUGAAAGUAAUCUAAACUUUACUCAAAUAAUGGCAAAUAAUAAUAAUAAUAAUAAUACUCCUGAAGACGAGGACACGACUAAUCAGCGCAAGAAGUCAUCGAGUCGUGAUCCAUUAUCUCAUCGAAUAAUAGAGAAGCGCAGAAGGGAUCGUAUGAACAAUUGUUUAGCAGAUCUGAGUCGACUGAUCCCAACUUCUUAUCUUAAAAAGUCUUCAUCACUUCAGGGCAGAGGACGUAUCGAGAAGACUGAGAUCAUUGAGAUGGCCAUCAAACACAUGAAGCACUUGCAGUCGCAUAAGUAUUGUACAGAUGACACCAAAUGCGAAUUAUCCAAAAAUUGCAAUCUGGAUGACGAAGAAAGGAUUAGACAAUACCGGUUGGGAUAUCAGGAAUGUCUGUCUGAAGCCAUACGCUUUCUCGUCGAAAUCGAGGGUCUUUUCACUGGUGAUGGACUCUGUCGGCGAAUGAUGGACUAUCUUCACAAUCAUAUGACAACACUUCAAAAAGUGAAUCCAGUGGUCAAAAAUGGUGAUAUGAGUUCACAACAAAUACUGGACGGCAUAAGCAAAGUUCGGUCGCCGUCAUUGUCAGAGUCGACCACUUCGGCCAAUGAAAAAAUGGAUUUGGAUAGCGAUCUGUUCGAAACAAAACCAUUGACACCAAAACCAGUAGUGACCAGUCAUUUGCGGGAAAUGCUAGAAAACAAUAGUUCGGUCGCAAAACGCUCAAAGUCGUCGCCACACAUCUCACUGACUUCAAGUCCAGUGCCAAACAAUUACCAACAAAGCACUGAUCAAAAUGUUUAUAACUUUAAAAAGGAAAUUAAAGACCGUUUUCAGGCCGACCAGAAAGACGACGGACCGCCAAUCAAGUCAAUCUCACCGCUCAACGUUACCAUCGAUGACGAACGUAUCUCUAACUCGAGUUUAUCCUCACUUAACACUCAGGCCAGUGAUCACCGCAGCGAAACAUCCGGCUAUUCAUCCAACUCUUCGAGCAAAUCACUUUCAACACAACAAUCGGCCUCAAUGUUUGUCCCCAUAUUUGCUUUACACCCUUCGGGCAACUAUUAUUUGCCACUAACGCUGGACGCGGCUCUCAUUGGGCCACUCAUCAGCUCUAAAGAAACAGACCUCAACUCAUAUCCCAUAUUACAUCCAAUCAAUAUAACAGUUAACUUUAGUUACCAAAUGCCACAAAUGUCGGUUCCGCUUGACUACAGUCGGCCGCCGCCACAAGUUUGGCCACCGAUGUCUAUCGUGCAUUCGGGUCUCAAUUUGGCGACACAUCAGAUGGAAAACAAUAAUACAACUAAUGAUAAGAUUCAUCAAAACCCCAAUCCGUUUGCAGAUAAUAUAAAAUAUGACAAAUUUUGGUUGUCUUCGAGUCCAAAGUUUAGUCUUUUGCAGAACAAACUCAAGUGAUAAUUGAUUCUUAAUGUUUGUUGUCGUUAUUGUUACUGAAUGUUAACGACUUUUAUCCAUUUGUUAACCAGAAAUUUAAUGGUUUUUCAUAGGAUCUAAUUUUGUAUAUUUUUUAUUAAUUGAAUUGAUAAGCGAAAUGAU